AAAUGCAUGAAGGCUGAAACCACUCGUCUCCGAGUGCAUUCUCAGUUCCUCGUUCAUUUCAUCAAUCGCUCUCUGCUUUUUCUUGCUCGGCUGAUUGGUUUUUUUCCUCUCUCUUUAUCAAGAAUCAAUCAUGGGUGAUUUGGGUGUUCGAGAAAUGUUUGAAUAUUAUCUUUAUGAUUAUUUAGUAAAAAAUAAUAUGGGUGAGACCGCAGAAAUCUUCAGGAGAGAGGCCAAUCUGAACUUCGAUCCUACCCGGCCUCCACCUGUAGAUGCUCCUGAUGGUUUUCUCCAUGAGUGGUGGGUGAUAUUUUAUGAUAUGUUCCGUUCACGGAAAGUGGUUAAUGAAGAGCCUGACGAGGGCUCCUCGGUUGUGACUGAAGAAAUGAUGGAAACUGGGGAACAAAGUGAGGCCUCCUCAUCAAGACAGCAUGAGAUGAAUGAAAAGCCUUCUGGGGACCUGGCUAUUAGUGCUGAUGCAGGGUUGACAAUGGGGGGAAAUGAGCUCCCAAGCCUUCCAUCGACUAAGUUGCCUGCCAUGGGAAGUGAGCAAAUACUUCAAGAUUUGUUGUCAUCUCGACAUCAACAAAAGCUACUGGAAUUUAAUGAGGUGGCAUCGAGAAUGGCAGCUAACCUAAUACCUCCAGGGUUUGGGGAUCAGGUUUGGAACCCAUUUUGGAUGAUGGAACAGGGGCCUGGAUUAAUACCUCCAGGGUUUGGCAAUCAGGCAUCGGAUCCUUUUUGGCUGACAGAACAUCAGGAAGAGCUCAAGGAAUCAGGAGAGAGCUAUGCAAAGAAUCCAUCAGAAGAAUCAACACCGAUGAACAAUUCCUUAGAUGAUACUGUCAAACCAUCUGUUACUCAUGCUAAGGGCAAUGAAGACGUGGCAGGUGCUUUCAUGCAAACGGUGACUUCUGAUACAGAUGCUUCCAAAGGAGGCUCUCUAGUCAAGCAGAAGUUUCACAAUUUUGGGAACACCAUAAUUAUUCUCUUCCUCCUUUGGCAGCCUGGGAUGAUCCAUAGUUCUCAUUCUCAGCAUGAUUUGGGAUCCCAAUGGUGGUGGACGGAUAUCAAGAUAUUAAUACACUUGCCAACUGAUGUUGCUAAACUAUACAUUGUGGAAAUAAUUCCCUGAGGUGAGGUAUGCUAAAGGUGUGUUGCAAAAAGUCCAAGGACAGAUUGACAGGGCACUUGGAGGGACUCAAUGAUCUUAUAGGUCUACUCAUUAUGCUUUGUCUUUAUGGGAUAUCCUAGGGUUUAGGGUUUAGGGUUUAAGUUUUAAAGUUGGAAAUAGACAUUAAGGCUAUGUUUGGUUCCUAGUUGUUUCAAACUCAUUUCACUUACUUUUCUUACAUAAAAAUUAAAUAAUUUAAAGCACAUAAAUCUCUAAUUAUUUUAAUUAUACUUUUUUUUUUUUUGUAUUUUCUAUAGUGAAACCAAACAGGAGAAAAUUAUUUUUCUUAGUAAUUUUUUUUCCUUUUUAGUAUUUUUCAGGAACUAAACAUAGCCUUAGUGUUUCCCAUGGCCUCUAGAAUUGCUACCCUUAUAUGUUUUGUACUACAAAGCCUGCAGAUUUGGCCAUUAAGAUUUCUAGAUCUUGAUUAAUCUAUGGUUUGGUGAAAGU